CGACACUGAGCAGCUAUCGAUAACUUCCGAGUAGCUCUCAACCUAACCUAGGUAGCCACUUACAACCCGCCAAAAUUCUCCCCAAGACGAGAAGAACGCAACCACGAAGGCGUUUCGAGCUCAAUUGACGUAACGAAGCUGGCUACGAUACCCAGGCAUAACCCUUACGCCAGCAAACCAACCCAGAGUCGAAGAUGGCAACCCGGCGCAUAAUCUCACCGCGCUCGCCGCUCGGCCUAUCCUUCCGAGCUAUAAUAUCGCGGCCGUACUCCUCGAGCAGCGCCGCGCACCAUACGGUCCCGUUGGCGUUCGAUCACCACGAGCCGCCGAAGGGCGGCCACGAUCAUAAAGAUUCGCCGAUAAUAUUCAUGCAUGGCUUGUUUGGGUCCAAGAAGAAUAACAGGAGCGUGAGCAGAGUCCUCGCUCGCGAUCUCAAGCGCCAUGUCUACACGGUAGACCUGCGCAACCACGGCGAAACCCCCCACGCGCCGCGCCACGACUACCUCGCCAUGGCCGACGACGUAGCGGGCUUCAUCGCCGACCACGGCCUACGGGAUCCAACGCUAAUCGGGCAUUCCAUGGGCGCCAAAACCGCCAUGACGCUAAGUCUCAAAGAGCCCUCCCUAAUCCGAGACAUCGUCUCGGUCGACAACGCGCCGGUCGACGCCAUCCUCGGCACCUCCUUCGCGCACUACAUCCGGGGGAUGCGCCGCAUCGAAGAAGCCGGCGUAACGCGACAGGCCGAGGCCGAUAAGAUCCUGCAGGAAUACGAGCCGGACGUGGCGAUCCGGCAGUUUCUGCUGGGGAACCUGUCCCGCCCGCCGGCGGAAGACGGCACGGUGUCCCCGACGCACAAGUUCCGCGUGCCGCUUGAUGUGAUAGCCCGUUCGUUGGGACACCUUGGGGAUUUCCCGUAUAAGGACCCCGGGGAGAGGCGCUUCGAGAAGCCGGCGCUGUUUGUGCGCGGGUCGCGUAGUACAUACGUGCCUGAUGAAGUUGUCCCGCUUAUUGGGCAGUUUUUCCCGCGGUUUACGCUCGUUGAUAUCGACGCCGGUCACUGGGUUAUUUCCGAGAAGCCGGAGGAGUUUCUUCGAGCGGUCAUAGAAUUUCUCACGCCGAAGGAGUGAAGGAGUGAGCGAAUGAAUGGGAAUGAGAACGAGAAUGAGCUUUGCAUAUAUUAUAUCUGCUUGUAUAAACGUGUAUCAUUGCAUCGAGGGGAUAUCAUAUAGACAGAGACACAGAGAGAAAGAGAACUAUGUACAUAACCACCGCAUCCCAGGCGUUUAUCGGCGUGCGCGAAGAUAGACAAAUUUCAGGUUUCAUUACCUAGCAGGGGC